GUUGUUUUGAUCGAACCCAGCUUUGGAACUUGGAACCACAGGAAGAAGAAAAACACCAUCGACGCUUUUCUGAUUUUUUGAUACCCGAAGCUUCUCCGACACCAAUCCUUAAUCGUUGCCCACUGUAUUUUGUUGGUUCUGCUAGUUUCUCCGCCUCCAUAGUUUGAAAAUUGAAAGUUUUGGAAUAGAAACCGACUUAGGUAUGUCGGAGAAGUUCUCACCGACCUUGAGGCUCGGAGAUCUCAGCGAUUUCAUUGCUCCGUCUCAAGCUUGUGUCAUAUCUCUCAAGGGUCCUAAGAAAACCAUCGACAAGAAGCCUAAUCGACCCCAGGUUGUAAUUACCCCAAAAGAGCAGAUGGAACCGGUCAAAAUCUCUCUCAAGGAUUGCUUGGCUUGCAGUGGAUGCAUCACAUCGGCUGAGACAGUUAUGCUUGAGAAGCAAAGCUUAGACGAGCUCCUCUCUGCCCUUAGCAAAAGCAAGGACGUGAUCAUGUCUAUUUCCCCACAGUCGAGAGCCUCGCUUGCUGUUCACUAUGAUAUCUCUCCUCUUCAGGUUUUCAAGAAGCUUACUACGUUUUUGAAGUCUCUAGGAGUUAAAGCUGUGUUUGACACAAGCUGCAGCAGAGACUUGGUACUUAUUGAAGCUUGUAAUGAGUUUGUCAGCCGUUACAAGCAAGCUAGUUCUGAAGAUGGUGGAAAUUCUCAGUCCCCUCUCCCUGUGCUUUCCUCUGCUUGUCCUGGUUGGAUAUGUUAUGCUGAAAAGCAGCUUGGUUCACUUGUUCUACCAUAUAUCUCUUCUGUUAAAAGUCCUCAGCAAACUAUUGGAGCUGCGAUCAAACACCACCUGUGUCAAGCGUUGGGACUAAGGCUGGAGGAGAUUUACCAUGUGACUGUGAUGCCCUGUUACGAUAAGAAGCUCGAGGCAGCGAGAGACGAUUUUGUCUUUGAAGAUAAGCUGACUGAGGUUGAUUCCGUGCUGACAACUGGUGAAAUUUUGGAUUUAAUGAAGUUGAAAGGAGUCGACUUUAAAGAUCUGGAGGAGUCUCCACUCGACAGAUUGCUAACGAAUGUUACUGAGGAAGGACAUCUUUAUGGUGUAGCUGGGGGUUCUGGUGGUUACGCAGAAACAAUAUUCAGACAUGCGGCAAAAGUACUAUUUGGACACACUAUUGAAGGUCCUCUUGAGUUUAAAACUCUGAGAAAUUCUGAUUUCCGUGAAUUAACUCUUCAACUGGAAGGUAAAACAGUGUUGAAAUUCGCGCUGUGUUACGGUUUCCAGAACCUUCAGAACAUUGUUCGGAGAAUAAAAACGCACAAAUGCGAUUAUCAGUAUGUAGAAAUCAUGGCGUGCCCUGCAGGUUGCCUGAAUGGUGGUGGGCAGAUCAAGCCAAAGAUAGGGCAGAGUCAGAAAGAACUGGUCCGUUCACUUGAAGCUACUUAUAUGAAUGAUACAGCUUUGAGUACAGAUCCAUUCCAGAAUCCAAUAGCCAAGGGACUAUAUGAUGAGUGGCUUGAGGAGCCUGGUUCCAACGAGGCGAAGAAGUACCUGCACACUCAGUACCAUCCGGUCGUGAAAAGCGUUACAGCGCAGCUCAACAAUUGGUAGACUAACCCUAGGUUCUGAAAAUUUUGAAUGAGAUGGGAGCAAAGAUGGUCGUGUGACUCGUGUCGCUUUUCUAGUUUUGUGUAUUUAUUUAUACAGAAGAUGAGUUAGUGAGAAGCUCCUGCUCAAGUCUCAUAUGUAAAAAACAAAUCUCAACAUGAUAUGAAAUUAC